AUGCAGCUUUCCCAGGGCAGCUUGCUCGGUGAGGACUGCAUCCACGGCUUUGGCAAGAACGGCGAUGACGCUAGUGCUUCGGGCGUUCCACUAGAUGUCGUGGAGGAGGAUGCCACGCCGUCCAUGGCGCGGUCCUCCGCCUCGCCGGCGCUCAGACGAUGCCUGGGCGGCUUCUCCAAAUGGAUGGGGAAAGACCACGGCACCGGAGCGAUCUACGGCUUUGUGAAUUGGAGUGCCAUCUUUGGUCUCCUACGCGCACAUUGUCUUCCCGCAGCACGAAUUCCGCGAGUUCUUGCCUAG